AUGGCCACCGCUCAGCUCCUCUCUUCCCACCUUCAUCCUCAGAUUACUCCGCCGCUACCAUCCAAACUUAUCACCAACAGAUUUUGGAAUUGCAACACCGAUUCAACCAAUAAUCAAACUCCUCAUUUUCUCAAAAUGCAAUUCCAACCAAAUUCAACUCCAACUCCUAUCUCUGAAUCUCAACACAACAAAAUUCCACAUCUACUCACUGUUGCCGGUUCCGAUUCCGGUUCCGGUGCUGGAAUCCAAGCUGAUCUCAAAACCUGUGCUGCUCGUAGGGUUUACUGUUCCACUGUUAUUACUGCUGUUACUGCACAGAACACUCUCGGAGUUCAGGGUGUUCACAUGGUGCCUGAAGAUUUUGUUGCACAACAGUUAAAUUCUGUGCUAUCUGAUAUGAAUGUUGAUGUGGUCAAAACAGGCAUGCUACCCUCUCUUAGUGUGGUGAAGGUCCUCUGUCAGAGUCUUAGGAAGUUUCCUGUCAAAGCUCUUGUGGUUGAUCCUGUAAUGGUAUCUACUAGUGGAGACAUACUUGCCGGUCCUUCUGUUCUCGCUGGAUUUCGGGAGGAGCUGCUUCCCAUGGCUGAUAUUGUAACUCCAAAUGUUAAAGAGGCGUCAGCUUUACUUGGUGAUGUGCCAAUGAAGUCGGUUUCUGACAUGCGUACUGCUGCAAAAUUGUUACAUGAUUUGGGUCCUAGGAAUGUACUUGUCAAAGGUGGUGAUCUCCCUAAUUCUUCGGAUGCUAUUGAUGUAUUUUUUGAUGGUCAGGAAUUCUAUGAGCUUUCUUCACCACGUGUAAAUACUCGCAAUACUCAUGGCACUGGUUGUACUUUGGCAUCAUGCAUAGCAGCAGAGCUGGCAAAAGGUUCAUCAAUGCUUUCAGCGGUUAAGAUAGCUAAACGUUUUGUUGAGUCUGCAUUGGAUUACAGCCGAGAUUUGGUCAUAGGAAAUGGAGCCCAAGGUCCUUUUGACCAUUUUUUGGCAUUUAAGAAUAUCAGUCAGAGCUCUUGUAGGCAGGAUAGGUUCAAUCCUAAUGACUUAUUUCUAUACGCUGUAACGGAUUCUCGCAUGAAUAGUAAGUGGGGCCGUUCUAUUACUGAAGCAGUUAAGGCGGCUGUAGAAGGGGGUGCUACCAUUGUCCAAUUAAGGGAAAAGGAUGUUGAGACACGGGACUUUGUUGAUGCUGCCAAAGUAUGCCUUGAAAUAUGUCGUUCGUAUGGAGUACCUCUGCUUAUAAACGACCGUAUAGAUGUGGCCCUUGCUUGUGAUGCAGAUGGUGUUCAUAUUGGUCAGUCUGACAUGUCUGCACGUCUUGCUAGAACUCUCCUUGGUCCUGAAAAGAUAAUUGGAGUAUCAUGCAAGACACAAGAACAGGCACAUCAAGCAUGGAUAGAUGAUGCUGAUUACAUUGGCAGUGGUGGUGUCUAUCCGACUAACACAAAGGCAAACAAUCGUACUAUAGGCUUAGACGGGUUGAGAGAGGUGUGCAAGGCCUCUAAACUGCCCGUUGUUGCAAUUGGUGGCAUUGGUAUGUCAAAUGCAGGUGAUGUAAUGAAGCUUGGGGUACCAAGUCUCAAAGGGGUUGCUGUUGUGUCUGCUCUAUUUGAUAGGGAAUGCAUUUUGACCGAAACAAGAAACUUGCAUGCCGUAAUUAGUGAGGCAGCAUUGUUGCCACAAUGA